CUGGAUGACUUCUGUGGGUCUUACUCUUCACUGAAGAAAAGAAAAUGGAUAAUGUGUCACUUCCUGGGAGUAUGCCUUCUCCAUGUAACUCAAGUAACUAUUCACAUCCUAACUGCAGCACAUCUCCACCUUGGAUAUUUUACCCAGACUUCUACAUCUGGCUGCCGGUGGUUUACUCGGUCAUCUGUGCCGUAGGGCUCACUGGCAACACGGCCGUCAUCUAUGUCAUAUUGAAAGCCCCGAAGAUGAAAACCGUCACCAACCUGUUCAUCCUGAACUUGGCGAUCGCUGAUGACCUUUUCACACUGGUGUUGCCUAUCAAUAUCGCAGAGCACCUGUUGAACUACUGGCCAUUUGGUGAGCUUCUUUGCAAAGUGAUCCUCUCAAUAGAUCACUACAACAUCUUCUCCAGCAUCUACUUUCUCACAGUCAUGAGCAUCGACCGCUACCUGGUAGUGCUUUCCACGUUGCAGUCCAAGCGGAUGCCCCAUCGCACGUAUAGGUUCGCAAAAAUGGUCAGUGUGUGUGUGUGGGCUCUUGUUGUCCUCAUCGUGGCACCAUUUACCUUCUUUGCUGGCAUUUAUGUGAGCCCUGAUGAUGCCGAGAGCAGGAAGAGCUGUGUGUUGAGCUUCCCUAGCCCUGAGAGCUUCUGGUUCAAAGCCAGCCGGAUCUACACCCUGGUCUUCAGCUUUAUCCUUCCUGUGUCCACAACUUGUGUCUUAUAUAGUCUAAUGCUCUACAAGUUGAGGCAUACACAUCUGAAUUCCAAUGGCAAGGCGUUGGAUAAAGCCAAGAAGAAGGUGACCGUUAUGGUCUUUGUUGUGCUUGCAGUGUGUCUGUUCUGUUGGACUCCAUUUCACUUGAGCACGGUGGUGGCCCUGACUACAGACCUGCCCACAACGCCACUGGUCAUUGGCAUCUCCUACUUCAUUACAGGCUUGAGCUAUGCUAACUCCUGCCUCAACCCUUUUCUUUAUGCCUUCCUUGAUGACAAUUUCAAAAAAGCUUUUAAGAAAAUGCUGGAGUGUUGAUCUGUGCGAAAGGGACAAGAAGAUAAAAGCUUAAGGUCAAUUUCAAGGACAACACUGGAUGAAAAAAAAAGGUAGGCUCAUCUUAAGGAAAAACAUACAGUAUUGAGGCAGCAAUAGACCAAAUGAAGUGGGUUUUUAUUCCUUCCUCUCUCAUUUCUUUAGGACCAUGGUAUGACACAUAACAGUACUGCAGCACGACACACAGGACUACAUGAAAUGCAAAUGCACAACGAUGUGUCUGUUAAAUUGUCCCAUACCAGCAGCUAUAGACACUAUAUCCUUUAAAAAUACUGUACCUUAGAAAAUGUUUAUGAACUGUUUUGUUGAGUCUAUGUUUGUAAUGUAUGUUGUGUAGCCAAUUUAUCAGACUUAAAUUUUCACAGACAUGUGUAAAUAUGUGAACUAUUAUGCUACAACACAGAGAAGGUUUAAAGGACUUUUCCAUCUGUUAUUAUGAAAUAAAUCUCGAACUGAGAGUGUAUUUGUAUUGUAGUGAGAUUGGAGCUGCUGGUGGAUCUUAUUUUAUUGUAUAUGCUUGCUCCCCAUUAAGUCUAUGAUAACUGAAUAACACUUUUUUCACAGAUGUGUUGUAACCUAUAGAAUAGGAUGUUUACUGCCAAACAUGAAACAUGCUUCUUUAUUUAUUCUACUUAAUAAUAGCAUU